AUGCCAACAGUGAACAGCACGCUGUCAAUUGACCUCACAUCAUAUUGGACGCCCUCAAACGUCACCUUCACAGAGACCAAGAAGACCGACGCGCCGACGAUGAUGCGCCAGGCCAUCCUCAAGGACAACUCCAGCGGCAUCUUCUAUAUCUGGGGCGGGUUCAUCUCGUACGACAACCCGCUGCCCAGCGCCCAGCUGUGGAGGUUCAACCCCGACAACAAGGGCGGCGGCUCCUGGAACACCGAGAUCAAGCCCGGCCACAGCACCUUUCUCGACUUCGAGCGGUCCCAGGGCGGCGUCUUCGUGAGCACGCCCGAGUCGGGCUUCUACUUUGGCGGCUACUCCCAGUCGACGUCCGACCCCACGCCCGCCGGUCCCGUCCCGGGGUUCCUGGAGUUCAACUACGCAAACCAGACGCAGGCGUGGACGAACCACACCGACGCCCCGUACUCGCCGUACGGCACCAUAGCCGGCGGCGCGGCGCAGUACAUCCCAACCUUUGGCGACAACGGGCUCGUCAUGCUCUUCAGCGGAGGCACGUACACCGUAGGAGAGGGUGUGGCCUCGGACGAUGUUGCGCUCCAGGCCUUUGACACGCUCUACUUUAUGGAUCCCGUGACGAAGAAGUGGUACACCCAAAAGACGUCCGGAACACCGCCCGCGCCGCGGCAGUGGCACUGCGCAGUGGGAGCGCAGGGACAGAACAACACAUAUGAGAUCUUCAUCUUUGGAGGCAGCAGCGGAAGCACCUCCCUCGACGAGGUCUGGAUCCUGAGUCUGCCCGGCUUCUUCUGGACCAAGGCCGACUACACGUCCUCGAGCCCCCGCGACGCCAUGGGCUGCGCCGUCGGCGGGCAGCGCCAGAUGAUCACCGUCGGAGGCAUCAACCGCAGCUUCGUGCAGUCCACAAAGUUCUUUGCGAACAAGGACCCGUUCCCGCAGGGCAUUGGCAUCUUCGACAUGACGGAGCUGAAGUGGACCGACAACUACAACCCCAGCGCUGCCGCGUACCAGACGCCGGACACCGUGCAGGCUUGGUACGACGAGGGCAAACUCUCGAGCGUGACUUAUACGAGCGACGAGGUCGCGGCUCUCUUCAAUGGAUCCAGCUCCGACUCCGGUUCAGGAUCUGGCUCCGGCUCCGGAAGUGGCUCUUCCAGCGACUCGGGCUCCAGCUCUUCGAACGCCGGCGCGAUUGCCGGCGGAGUCGUCGGAGGUGUGGCCGGAAUCGCGGCGAUCGGUCUGGCUGCCUUCUGCCUGCUGAAGAGGCGCAAGAGGCAGCAGGCCCAGAGCGCGAACCAGCCCGCCGUUGCGGAGGCGCAGCCAUACGCCCCUCAGCACGGAUACUCUCCCGUGCCGCCGUCGGCGACGAUUGCGGCCUCGGAGUUGGAGAGUGGGCGGACUCCUCCCCCUGACGUGCCCAAGAUGAUGCAUCCUCCCGAGUUGGAUGCCAAUCCCAGGGUGAUGUACGAGCUUGACGGGUCGGGAACGCAUAAAUGA